UGGACACGAACGCUGUGUCUCGCUUGUAUCUGAGCCACCGCACCGCGCACUGAGCGCAGCUCCCAUGCACUGUUUCCUCUGAUUUCUUGCAUAUUGACAUUUCAUUAGCUGCGCGGCUACCGCUGGCAUGCACAACCACUGUCCGACAUCUGGCCGUCGCUAAUUACCCUCGAAAAGCUCAGCACCAACCACCAGAAUGGCUGGCGACUUGCCCGCCGAACUCCUCUUCUCCGCCGUCUUCCCGCUUCCUUUCCGUGUCCUUAGCCUUGCAGGCUUAGGAAUCCUCGGCUGGGCGACGAAUGUACACGGCUUGCACCUGGCAGGAAUCGAUGCGCGCUCCGUACUGGACCUAGACUCUUACGACCCACGCCAUAGCCGACGCGCUUUAGCGGCAAACGACCGCCGCGGGAUGGGCUGGAAGUACUUCCAGAGCCCAAUAUCUGUCUAUCGGCCUGUCUACAGUCUUUUCAUGGUGUAUGCAGCAUGGAUUGCUACAAACUGGCUCUUGUAUAGGUACGCGACGUAUGCGGAUCUGGAUCGCGUGGACACGUUCAAGUUUAUCCCCGCUAUUGCCGCUCUCGUGGUCACGAUGGUCCUCGUAUCUCCAUUCAACGUAUUUGAGAAGGUUGAACGCGAUAGGUUUCUGCACGCAAUACACAGAUGCCUAUUUCCCUUGCCACGCCGCGUCCAUUUCACCGACAUCGUAUACGCCGAUGUUUUUACCUCAUUUGCGAAAGUACUCGGCGAUCUCUGGCUAUCCUUCUGGAUGCUUAUGCCCGGUGGUAGCUUGCUUGUGCUGCCAGCACAGGAGGGUAUUGCAAGUUGGAUAUUGCCGACACUAAUGAGUCUGCCAUACGCUGUGCGCCUCAGACAAUGUCUCAUAGACUACAGGGCUCCGGGCAACACUAGCUCAAGGCCGCUCUAUAAUGCAUUAAAAUAUGCAACGUCAUUCCCCGUCAUCUAUUUGUCUGCUGCGCAGCGUAUCGUUGUCUCAGAACUCCGACUCGCCAAGGGUGAUGCCGUCGUGCAUGAAGCGUGGCACGGAGAGCAUGCGUUGUUCCGACUUUGGCUGUUCGCAGCGAUAGUGAACUCCUUAUAUUCAUUUUGGUGGGACGUUACACAUGACUGGGGUUUCGAUCUCCUCGUCCCCCGUUCAUUUGCUGCCGAAGGCAUCCCUCAUCGGCCGCAUCGGACAUCCUCACCACCCCGUCCGCUCGUCCUCCCUGGCCUGUACUCCCCGGUCGCAAUGCUCACGCCCGAACCCGCUCCUACCUUUUCCGACGCAUCCAAGGAGUCACUGUUCCCGCACGAGCGCGAACAUCCCGGUUUACGCAAGCCACCAUUCUCCUGGCAUCCGUUUGGUCUGCGAUCGAAGCUACUCUUCCCAUUACCCAUAUACCCAUUCGCCAUUGUAGCCGAUCUUAUCCUCCGGUUGACAUGGAGUGCGAAGCUGUCCAGCCAUCUGCACGCGUACACCGACGGCGACUUGGUUAUUUUCUGUUUCGAGCUCGCGGAGGUUGUACGAAGAUGGAUGUGGGUAUUCAUACGCGUGGAAUGGGAAAUCGUCAAGGAGGGAAAGGACGGGCACGUGCGCAGCCCUGCUGUGGGCCCGACGCUUGGCCUCGGUGACGAAGAUUACGAAAUGGUCGCUUCAAAUCAGGACGGCCAUGGCGAUGUUGGUGGUUAGUAUCACAAUUGAGGUCGGCGUAGACCGGAGCUAAAUAUGUGUGUACGUGGACGCUUCCAUAAUAUUAUUCACUGCAUAGCCAUUCGGGAAUGAAGCCCGGACUAGUGACGUGGCUCGGUUUCUACCGUCAUUGGACGACGUUCGAUGGUUCCUGCCCAAGGCACAAUGUCAUUGUCUUCAUUGUCGGGCUCGACGGACGUGCGAUCCAUUCGUGAUGGAAACCGCACGCAUCGGAACGGCUCGUGACGCCCGGGCGACUGGCGACCGCAGUACGUCCUAAAACUAUCUGUGUUACCGUGUGCAGUUCCCGGUCGGACUUAGUUUGUCCUACCCUACCCUCCUCCCGUGCAGAGCUCCU